AUGACCACACCACCAGACUCACCAGAUGCCGGGGCGAGCCUGUUUGACCCGUCGUUGCCCUUCAAAGGAGUCGUCGUCUGUUGCACUAGCAUUCCACCAGAGCAGAGGUCCGAUAUUGCAGCGAAGACAGCCGAGCUCGGAGGCAUCCACAAAUACGACCUCACCCCCGACGUUACACACCUUGUUGUCGGAGAGUACAACACCCCCAAGUACCGCCAUGUUGCCAAAGAGCGACCCGACAUCAGGCCCAUGGCUGCGGGGUGGAUAGAGGCUGUGCGAGAUCUAUGGGUCCAGGAUGCGGACAUUGACUUCGUCUCCUUGGAAGAGACGUGGCGACUGCGGACCUUCGAGACAAGUGGCGGAGAUCCCAACGUGGCUGGGAAGGAGGGUGAGCGUGGCAGGCUCCUAUGCUGUCUGACCGGAUUCGACGACGUGGACCAAAGACAGCAGAUCAUCGACACGAUUGUUGCCAAUGGCGGAGCAUAUACGGGCGAUAUGACUAGAAAGGUUACUCACCUGAUAGUCCACAAGCCCGAGGGGCGGAAGUACGCCGCAGCGAAAUCUUGGGAAGUCCUGCCCGUCUCCAUCGAAUGGCUACAGGACAGCGUCCGGAGGGGCAUGAUCCUGGACGAGAAAUUAUACGACCCGAUCCUGCCAAAGGAAGAGAGGGGCAAGGGCGCGUGGACGAGGACAGAAGUGACGAGGGUCUCGUUGGGUAAGCGGUUGCGCGAAGGCGCGGCGGCCGCGCAGGAGGAUGGGAAGAGGAAGCUGAGGAAGACGGCCAGUAUGAAGUUGAACAGCCAGAGGGAUAAUCUAUGGGGUGACAUCCUGGGCAAACCUCCGUCUGCCGACCCCUUCCCUCGACCCAGCGAUGACCCCUUCUCAAGACCUGGGGAUGAACCGACACAGGCCAACACUCAGGCGUCGGGACGAGGGGGCAGCGCCCAGACAUCGGGAAAGUCCUUUGACACACAAGGUUCGAAGCUCGUCUCUCUCGGAACUUCAGAGGACGUCUCGGUGUUCGCAUCAUGCUGUUUUUAUGUCCAUGGUUUUCCAGCGAAGAAAGCAGAGGUCCUGAUGAACACAGUUGCGUACAUGGGUGGAUUGGUAUGCAACUCGCUCGACGAGGUGGCUUCCAACUCCGGCGCACAACUCUCACACCGCUUCCUCAUCGUACCGCAAAACUCGAGACCGGACACGCACCCGUCCCUCCCGGACGAUGUCCAGAUCAUCACCGAGUUCUUCAUCGAGAAGUGCAUGCACAAAAAGCAACUCUUCAACCCCAACGAACACGUCAUCGGCCAGCCAUUCCCCGCCUUCCCCAUCGAUGGCUUCGAGAGAUUGGCAAUCUGCACUGCCGGCUUCACGGGCGUCGACCUCAACCAGGUGGACAAGGCUAUCAGGCAGCUGGGUGCUCGCUACGAGGAAAGGUUUACGUCGCAGAGCUCGGUGCUGGUAUGCACCUCCUUGAGCUCUGUCAGGAAGCAGAAACUCGACUUAGCCUUGGCGUGGAGGGUCCCCGUCGUGAGCGCGGACUGGUUGUGGUCAUGCAUAUCGACGGGGUUCAAAGUCCCGAUCAAGGACUUUCUCUUCCCCGAGCUCAGGCAGAGACUCGCUCCUGAGCAAAGUGAGGAACACGAGCAGCGGCAGGCGAAAACCAAGAAUACUACUACCGGACAGAGGAAGCAUGCAGAGUCUGCCCGGAAACCCACGGUCGCAGGUGGCAUUCGCGAUGUAGACCUGUCCGCGUUCGCUCAUGAUGAGGAAGAUGGGAAUGACAUCGGAGCCGCCCUGAGAAAGGACGUUUCCAAGGAGGAAUCGGACGCCACGACACACUUCGAAACCGCGGCCACCCACCUGUCACAAGUCCGCGAGCCAGCCAGACUCUCGGCACCGCUAUCGGAGGUCUCCUCCAACUCACGCAACAGGUCCUCAUCGCCGCAGAAACACGCGCAACCGCCCAGGAAACCGAGGAGCAGGGUCCCCAGCGAGAUCGCCAACUCCGAGGCCACAGACGAGCCGGACGACCUAGACAACAUGAUGGACGUCGCCGACGAAAACCAGAACCAAAUCCCGCCCGCCCAAGAAGACGACGCCGAGGCGGCAGGGCGACGCGCAGAAGAAAAGGCCGCCAAGAGGGCCGCCGAACGGCUCGCCCUCUCAGCCAAGCUUACCACGCUGCUGGACUCGACCAUCGGCGCCACGGCGGCGGCGAGCGGGGACGCCGCCGACCGGCGCGAGAUCCUCGGCCGCGCCAUCAGCAACGUGUCGGCGGCCAGCAGCGGCAGCGUCGAGUCCUCUGGCGUAGGCGCGGCGGCGACUGUGUCGUCGAACCCGAACCUGCUACCCAAGGCACUAUCCGCCGCCGGCAGCCUGGCUGGGGCGGCGGAUGGGGGAGGAAGAGGAGGAGGAGUAGGAAAUGGGGGCCGGGGCGCGCAGUCUCUGUCGUCGCCGCCGCCGCCGCCGGCGACGCAGCUCGAGUAUGAGGACGCGGAGGCGAAGAGGUGCAAGGCGGAGCUGGUGAGGAAGAUGUUGGGGGAUUCCGGGGGGGUGGGGGUCGGGAGGAGGGGGCCGGCCGAGGAUCAGGAGACGUUGACGCUUGCUGGGAUGGGCGGGUAUGAGGUUGGCCGGGCGGGGACGGGGAGGGGUGUUGGGACGAGGUCGACGAGGAGGAGAUGAGAUGAUGAUUGAGAGAGGAUGUCGGCGUUUCUGGAUGACACCACCAUGGAAGGGCAUUGAAUCGGGUGUUUACGAGUAUGUUCUAGGCGCACAUAAAUGGUCCAAAAUAAUAUAUUUCAAGCAGUCCCCUCUCGAUCUGGGUAUCGUUAUUCUGACUCGGUAUGUCCCGUUCUAACAUGGUCGGGUGUGUGUGGUACAGUGUAACAUCGUGCUGCCGGAAAACAUACAACGCAUAAUCGUAAGAUCGUAAACGUCAUGACAACAAACAGACGUUGCGCAGGUAGCAGGCCUCGAAACACAAACAUCAAAUACAAGUCAUGAAAAAGAGCGCGCAAAAGGAAUCCCAACGAAUAGAAUCGA